CCAUUGGUUCUUGAAUAUACGGCCACUUCACCAGCGCGCGGGGAAUGGAGGCGCAUUUCACACAUGAUCACGUUCACAGGUUGACUAAUUUCAGUCAUCCACUCGGGUUAAGAGUAAACAGCACCGCCCCAACCCCUCGCUUGUUUGUUUUAAGUGAAGAGCGAUCCAUCGCGGAGCGCCGGGCUCGAUUGACACUGUCUGCUGAUCUGCAACUGCGGCUGGCUACGAAGGCUGUUCGCUAAUACCCGUCUAUCAGGGCUUCCACUGAAACACCGAGCGAGUAGGAUCCAAAAAAAGACAAGAAGGCUGGCAAGAACGCCGCGCCGCCGAAGUCCGCACCCCACAAUGGCUUCGGGAGACCUUUAUGAGGUGGAGCGAAUCGUCGACAAGCGCCGGAACAAGAAGGGCAAAUGGGAGUACCUGAUUCGCUGGAAGGGCUACGGCAGCAAAGAGGACACCUGGGAGCCGGAACAUCACCUGCUGCACUGCGAGGAGUUCAUCGACCAGUUUAACGGCCUGCGUCUCCACGGACACAAGCGCCCCGCCAAGCCCCCCCGGGCCCCGCCCCUCCUUGCCACGCCCCGACCGCCCCUGCCCCCGACCCCCGACAGCCCCCGGUCACGGCCGGACGCCCGGAAGAAAAAACGGACUAGCGGGGGAGGGGCGGGGCCAGGCGGAGGGGCGGGGCCAGGGGGAGGGGCUGGGCCCGUGGGAGGUGGGGUUUCCCUGAAGGUGAAGAAGAUGAGUGGAGGAGGAGGACUGAAGCAGGCUCCAGGAGACAGGAUGGGACACAGAACCAUGCCCACCCAGGAGGGACUGGACUUCCUUGCCCCAGCGAGAGGCCCUCACAACGGGCUCCAGAACGGAGAGGCGGCCCCCCUCCUGUACAGGGAGCCAGCCAGGACUCACAGGCUGCCCCUGGACAGAGGGGACCUGGGGGCCAGGCUGGGUCCGGACACCCACACAACACCGCUUAGCAAUGAACUAGGCUCGUCCAUGGCUAACGGAGGGAUGACGUGCAGCUCUGUGAAGCGGAAGCUGGCGGAGGACAAGGCCUACGUGUUCGACAAGCGCCUGAGGUACAACGUGAGGCAGAACGAGACCAACUGUCGUUUCCGUGACAUUGUGGUCAGGAAGGAGGAGGGCUUCACUCACGUGCUGCUGUCCAGCCAGACGUCCGAAAACAACGCACUGACGCCAGAGAUAAUGAAGGAGAUGUGUCGGGCUCUGGGGAAUGCAGCAGCAGAUGACAGUAAGCUCCUGCUGCUCAGUGCUGUGGGCAGCGUGUUCUGCGGAGGCCUGGACCCCUCCUAUCUGAUUGGACGGCUCUCCACCGACCGCAGGAAGGAGAGCAGCCGCAUCGCCGAGGCUGUACGGGACUUCGUCCUGGCCUUCAUCCACUUCCGGAAGCCCAUCGUGGUGGCUGUGAACGGGCCGGCGCUGGGCCUGGGCGCCUCCCUCCUCCCGCUGUGUGACGUGGUCUGGGCCAGCGAGCGGGCCUGGUUCCAGACGCCCUGUGCCUCCCUGCGCCUCACCCCCUCCGCCUGCUCCUCAUACACCUUCCCUCAGAUCCUGGGGGUGGCACUGGCCAAUGAGAUGCUGUUUUGUGGGAGGAAGCUCACAGCACAGGAAGCCUGCAGUCGAGGGCUGGUGUCACAGGUGUUCUGGCCAACCACGUUCAACCAGGAAGUGAUGCUGCGCGUGAAGGAGAUGGCUACCUGCAGUGCGGUGGUUCUGGAAGAGUCUAAAUGCCUGAUGAGGAGCAUCCUGAAGUCGGUCCUGGAGGAAGUGAAUGAGAAGGAGUGUCAGCUGCUGAAACAGCUGUGGUGCUCCACCCAGGGUCUGGAGGCCCUGCUCAGUUACCUGCAGAACAAGGCGUACGAGAACUGACCCCCCCCCUAUCCCCCCCCCGUCCCUCCCCCUG